ACACAUAGACCGGGGCCGCGCAGAAGCUCACCGGGAACGCGAAGCAGGAGCAGAUCAGACAGCAGGUCGGUCGGUGAGCGGAGAGACGCACGAAGUCCUGGCGAUAAAACAGCAGACCUGAACCUUUGGUUUGUGAGGCGGCUUUUUCUUCUCCUGUGGACUAACGUUACGGGAAGUUUUAUUCAACAGUGCGGACCUACGGAAAGGCUGUCCACCAUGUCGGGGAGCAGGGAGGAGGAGAGGAGGAAACUGGCCGACAUCAUCAACCACUGGAACGCCAACCGGCUCGACCUGUUCGAGAUCAGCCGGCCCACAGAGGACCUGGAGUUCCAUGGCGUGAUGAGGUUCUACUUCCAGGACCGGGUCGCCGGUAACUUUGCUACCAAGUGCAUCAGAGUAUCCAGCACAGCGACAACGCAGGACGUCAUUGAAACGUUAGCAGAGAAGUUCAGACCAGACAUGAGGAUGCUGUCCUCACCAAAAUACUCCUUGUACGAGGUCCAUGUCAGUGGCGAAGAGCGUCAGCUGGAUCUGGACGAGAAGCCUCUUGUUGUGCAGCUGAACUGGAACAAAGACGACAGAGAAGGACGCUUUGUCCUGAAGAAUGAGAACGACAUCCUGCCCAAGAAGAGUCAGAGUAAUGGGCCCGAGAAGGAGAAGGACGGUGUGAUACAGAACUUCAAGAGGACUCUGUCCAAGAAGGAGAAGAAGAAGGAAAAGAAGAGGGAGAAGGAAUUCGCCAGAAUCCCUGAUGGAGACGAUCAGACACUGAGUCGCGAGGACGGAGAUAACCUGGCAGCAGAGGUUUAUAAAGACAUGCCGGAGACCAGCUUUACCAGGACGAUCUCCAACCCAGAGGUGGUGAUGAAGAGGAGACGCCAGCAGAAACUGGAGAAACGCAUGCAGGAGUUCAUGAGCAGCGAUGGGAGGCCAGACUCAGGAGGCACUUUGAGGAUAUACGCUGACAGUCUGAAGCCCAAUAUCCCGUAUAAAACCAUCCUCCUCUCCACGAGGGACACAGCUGACUUUGCUGUGGUGGAGGCUCUGGAGAAGUAUGGACUAGAGAAGGAGAACCCCAAAGAGUACUGCAUUGCUCGGCAAGAUGAUAAGUCGGGCAAGGAGGUGAUUCUGGACGAUUAUGAGUGUCCACUGCAGAUCUUCAGGGACUGGCCUGCUGAUAGAGGGGCAUUAGUGUUCCAGUUGAAGAAGAGACCUCCGGACUACCAGGGGAGGAAGGGAAGGAAAGGGGAUGACAAGGGCCUCAGAGGGAAGGACAGCUCGCUGCCUCCUGAGAAACUGCCUUAUCUAGUGGAGCUGAGCCCAGGGCGAGGGAAUCACUAUGCCUACUACGCCUAUCGGCACCACGAAGACGGCUCAGACUCUCGGGACAAACCCAAGCUGUACCGGCUUCAGCACAGCAUCACUGAGGUCGGCUCAGACUGCACAGACGACGGAGCCAUCCAGCUGCUCGGUCCGGGGAUUCUGCCCCACCACUGCAACCUCAUGCACAGCGAAGGCAUGGUGACAGUGACGCCGCACGGCCCUGACGCAGACACGUUUGUAGACGGGCAGCGCAUUAUCGAGACGACGAUGUUGCGUUCUGGCUCCACCAUCCAGUUCGGUUCUGCUCACGUCUUCAAAUUCGUGGACCCGAUGUUUGACCAGGGAGGGAAGAGAGAACCGGCCAUACCGAGGAGCAGACACAAGUCUGGCAGCGUACCAGAAACCACCUUCGACCUUCACGGAGACGUCCACAGUGGAGGAGCCCUGCCUACCAGCAAGAGCUCAGGAAAGCUGGACAUGGAGAGAGGAAUGGUCAAACCCAUGAUCAGAGGAGAGCAGCAGGACAGCAGGUCUCAGGAUGUUUCAGCCGACAGAACAGAGCUGACUCUUCCAGCCAGCAUAGAGUUCAGAGACAACUCUGAAGACACCUUCCUCUCUGCCAUCAUCAACUACACCAACAGCUCCACAGUUCACUUCAAACUCUCGCCCACGUACGUCCUGUACAUGGCCUGCCGCUACGUCCUGUCGCCCACGUACCGGCUCGACAUGUCGCCGUCAGAGAGGACGCACAAGGUCAUCGCCAUCGUCAACAAGAUGGUGAGCAUGAUGGAAGGAGUCAUCCAGAAGCAGAAGAACAUUGCGGGAGCACUGGCUUUCUGGAUGGCCAAUGCCUCCGAGCUACUCAAUUUCAUCAAACAGGACCGAGACCUGAGUCGCAUCACGCUGGACGCCCAGGACAUCCUCGCCCAUCUGGUCCAGAUGGCCUUCAAGUACCUGGUCCACUGUCUCCAGGCCGAUCUGAACAACUACAUGCCUGCCUUCCUCGAUGACCCCGAGGAGCAUAAUCCACAGAGACCAAAGAUCGAGGACGUCCUGCACACACUGACGGGGGCGAUGUCAUUACUGCGGCGGUGUCGGGUCAACGCCGCUCUCACCAUCCAGCUUUUCUCGCAGCUCUUCCACUUCAUCAACAUGUGGCUGUUCAACAAGCUGGUGACAGAUACCGGCUCAGGGCUGUGCUGUCACUACUGGGGCGCCAUCCUCCGGCAGCAGCUGAGCCACAUCGAGGCCUGGGCUGAGAAGCAGGGUCUGGAGCUCGCUGCUGACUGCCACCUCAGCCGAAUCGUGCAGGCCACCACCCUGCUGACCAUGGAUAAAUACUCCAUGCAGGAUGUGCAGACCAUCAAUAACACUUGCUUCAAGCUCAACUCCCUGCAGCUUCACGCCCUGAUGACCAACUACCACUGUGCCCCCGAUGAGCCGUAUAUCCCGCCUGAGCUGAUAGACCACGUGGUGGCAGUGGCGGAAAACACAGCAGAUGAGCUGGCGAGGAGUGACGGCAGAGAGGUUCAGCUCGAGGAGGAUCCAGACCUCCAGCUGCCCUUUCUCCUUCCUGAGGACGGCUACUCCUGCGACGUGGUGCGCAGCCUCCCCAAUGGCCUGCAGGACUUCCUGGAGCCUCUCCUGCAAAGAGGUUUUUGUAGGUUAACGCCACAUCCACGUUCGCCUGGCACCUGGACCGUCCACUUCGAAGGAGCUGACUGCGACAGUCACUUCUCUGCUGCCGACAACUCUGAAAUGCCAAUGAGGAAAGAGCCGGAGGUUGUCACAGUAACCCUGAAGAAGCACAACGGCAUGGGCCUCAGCAUCGUGGCCGCCAAGGGUGCUGGUCAGGAGAAGCUGGGCAUCUACAUCAAGUCUGUUGUCAAAGGCGGAGCAGCUGAUAUGGAUGGUCGUUUGGCGGCAGGUGACCAGUUGUUGAGUGUUGAUGGGCGGAGUCUAGUCGGCCUUUCGCAAGAAAGGGCGGCAGAGCUGAUGACGAGGACGGGCUCAGUCGUCACUCUGGAGGUCGCCAAGCAGGGAGCCAUUUACCACGGACUGGCCACGCUCCUCAACCAGCCGAGCCCAAUGAUGCCAAGAGCGUCAGACCGAGGCCGUGAGAAGAACGGGAAAAUGCGACCAAAGAGUGAAGGCUUCGAGCUGUACAACAGCUCAGUGCAGAACGGCUCUCCGGAGAGCCCGCAGCCCGGCUGGGACUCUUACCCCGAACCAAAGAAGAUGAGCGGAGAAGACCGGCUCCUCAAGAACCGAGCCGACCAUCGCUCCAGCCCCAACGUAGCCAAUCAGGGCCAGAGUCCUGCAAACAAAUCAGUGUACCCCGGAGGACCUGGCACCAAGAUCACCUCUGUCUCCACCGGGAACCUGUGUGCAGACGAUGAGCCCUCCCCUCCCCGUCCAGAGGCCUACCCCAUCCCAACUCAGACAUAUCCCAGGGAGUACUUCACCAUCCCAGCCUCCAAGAGCCAGGAUCGGGUGGUGGGACCAGGGCAGCAGGGGCCCCCACCACACUGGCAGGGUAUGGAGGACAGAGAUCGCCUCCCCAUGGGUGAUAACAUCCACAACAACAGCAUGCAGCGGAUUAAUCACUCUCAGGAGGACUUGUAUCCGCCACCAGGAAGCAUGAGGCCAGAUGAGCGAAUGCAGCCACACUACCAGCACCGCGACCUGGACUACCCACACAGAGAUCUCGAAUACCAGAGAGGUCCACCUGGAGGGCCCGACCACUGGGCUCCACAGCCACAGGUGUCCUCCUCUCUGGAGUCAUCAACAUCAAGCCAGGAGCAUCUCAACUUCUCCGCGUCCUCCUCUUCUUCGAACAAGACCCAGAACCAGAAGACCGGCCCGGGCCGAUGGAAGACACCCAACGCCCCUCACGCCGUGCCGCCGCAUUCGGCACAGCCGCCAUCUCGGUCUGACCCCCCUCCUCCUCCUCCACCUCCAGCAGCUUACCCCGAACCCUACGACCCACAGUCGGACCUACCGCUUCCGCCACCUCCAGCUGCUAUCAACCCAGUAACGGCUCAGCAAGCUGCUGACCGCAAGAAGAGAGAGGAGCAGCAGCGCUGGUAUGAGAAGGAGAAGGCUCGGCUUGAGGAAGAGAGGGAGAGGAAGAGGAGGGAGCAGGAGAGAAAGUUGGGUCAGAUCCGGGCCAACCCUGUCAUGCCCGUCCAGCCUCACAACGGAGGAGCCAUGCCUCCUCCUCACCACCAGCCCCCUGUGGCCUCCAUGGCUCCACCCCAGCCUUACCACCCCCCACAGCCUCAGCCUCCUCCACCCAGACCAGAGAAGCUGGCCAGUCUGCCGCGGUCUGCUGUACCUCCUCCUGCUAGUGCCUCCAACCCUGCUGGCAUGGACACAGUGAUCAGGGAGCUGCUUCCACAGCAGCAGCCGCGAACCAUCGAGAGGCGAGACCUGCAGUACAUCACCAUCAGCAAGGAGGAGCUGACGUCCAGCGACAGUCUGUCUCCAGAUCCUUGGAAGAGAGAUGCCCGAGAGAAAGCCGAGAAACAGCAGCAGCUUCACAUCGUGGAUCUGCUGGACAAGGAAAUCCAGGAGCUGCAGGCAAAGCCGGAGCGAACAGCGGAAGAAAACGACCGCCUCAGGAAGUUGAUGCUGGAGUGGCAGUUCCAGAAACGACUGCAGGAGUCCAAGCAGAGCGACGACGAGGAGGACGAGGAGGAUGAUGAAGAUGUGGACACCGUGAUGAUCAUGCAGAGGCUGGAGGCCGAGAAAAGAGCCAGGCAGCAGACUGCUGUCCCAGCUAUCUCUGUUCUAGACUUGUUGCAGGACGAGGAGCGGCGGCGUAAGCAGCAGCUGGAGGAGAUUCGUAAGCGGGAGGCAGAGGAGCGGGCGAAGCAGGAGGAGGAGAGGAGGUGGAGGGAGGAGGAGAGAGCCAAGCGAGAGGCCGAGGAGAAGAGGAGACAGGAGGAGGAGUACUACGCUCGCCUGGAGGCCGAGCGGCGCCGGCAGCACGAGGAGGCGGAGAGAAAGCUGCUGACGCCUGAUGAGCCGGCCGGUCUGUAUCGGCCCCCGCUUCCACGGGAUUACCAACCCCCCGCCCCCAAAACCCUACUACAACCCCCGCCCCCACCACAGAGAAACACCUCCUACCUCAAAACCCAGGUCACCUCCCCCGACACGCUCUACACCGCCAAGUUUGUCACCUACACGGGCGAUGACGAAGACGAGGAGGAAGCCACCAAAGCAGGGAGUGGCGGCGGCCAAUCAGGUCAGGUGAAGCUGUCGGCGACCCGGAAGUCGUACGGCGACCUCCCGGCCACCGCCUCGCCUAAUCACAGCAGGCCUCAGCCGCCGCCCACUGCGCGCAAGCCCCGCCCUCUUUCUGACGGCAUCUUCCUGUCUGGCUCGUUCCAGCCGCCAGUCAACAACUCCAACAGUACAGCCCCCCCCUUCCUGCCAAACCGAGCUCCAUGCCCCCAGGAGGCUAUAAAGCAGGAUUUAACUCGUACACUGGAAACUCAUCAGGAGUUGUAGGAACAGGAGAAGUCUACAAGGACCCGAGAGACAAAUGGACGAGGAGCAGUCAAGAGCAGGAGAACUCGAUCCCCAGCGAUGCUCCGGAGAGUCUGACCUUCAAGGAGCGCCAGCGCCUCUUCUCUCAGGGGAAGGAGGUUUCCAACAAGGUCAAGGCUUCUCGCAAA